AGGUUAACUCCUGCGUAGCCACUAAACUUAGAACUCUUGGUUUUAGGAGCAUAACCCCGAGCGAACCCUUUUUCAUUCAGAAGCAGGUCGGUCAUAUGGCGCUGCGAAAGCCCAAGGGAAGAGAGCUCCCAAUGUGUUUAUGAGAUCAGCAUAGCGUAUCAUCCUGUUCAUUAUCCAUAAAACCAAGGCUUAUAUACUUGUGGAAACAAAGGGGUAAUAAUCAUAUUAAUAGACGAGAACACUUGAGGCAUGAUUUCCAUAUGAAACAUUGGCCUUUUGUCUGUCUACUAGGAAGUGCGCUCCAGUGACAAUUACAAUGGACCAAUCAUUGAGGCAAAUACUUCAAGGGAUUGUGGCAGGCACGGCUCAGGCUUUAGAGGUUACAAUGCAAGCAUGGUCUGUUCUUGAGGAUUCAACUACAAGUGAAUAUUUGAUGGAAUCACUUGAGAAUGCUCCUCCUUACAAUACAGUACUUAAAGGGGUCAAUCAAUAUUCCGAUGAGAUUACAGAGGAGGAUACAACAAUGGAUAUAAUUGCAGCAAACACUCUUUCAGAACAAAACCUGCUUACAUCGUCUGAACUGAGCAUGUCAGAUUGGGAUGGAAAAGUUCCAAAUGAGUGCAUUGUGAAGCCUCAGUCGGUGGAUUGGUGGAAUCACUACAGUUUUCAUGUUAGUAGUGACGAUCUUCGGUUCCAGACUAUAUUCAGUUUGCCAAUUCAAUUAUUUGAUGAACUUUGUCAUCUGCUAUACGAUGAUUUAUGCCAAGGUCCAAUACCCAUCUCAUUUGCAAUGUCUAUAAAGAACAGGGUACUGUCAGUUGAGAAGCAAGUAGCCAUGGCCAUAUUACGCUUAUCAAGUGGAAUGACAAUGCUAACUGUCAGUGAGCUCUUUGAUUGUGGCAAGUCCACAGUGGUUAAAGUGGUAAAGAAAUUUAUUUUUUCUAUGCAAAAGAGGGCAUCCAAAUAUAUUCAGUGGCCAACUGAUGCAGCUUCACUUGAGCAUAUUAAGGAGGGAUUCCGCCUUAAACAGGGUUUCCCAAACUGUUGUGGGGCAAUAGAUGCAACUCAUGUAAAACUUGAGCUUCCCUAUAAUGAAUCAUCUAUUGAUUGGUAUAACCGUGAGCACAAUUAUAGUAUGCUUGUCCAGGCUAUUGUUGAUAGCAAUAUGCGCUUCCUUGACAUUUGCACAGGAUGGCCAGGGUCUCUUAAUGAUUCUGGUCUGCUAAGGAAUUCGUCUUUUUACAAAUUGUGUGAAGAAGGUGAGAGGCUCAAUGGACCUCCAGUAUCACUUGGUGGCUUUGACAUGAGAGAAUACAUUAUUGGGGAUGGUGCUUAUCCCCUUCUUCCCUGGUUGAUUGUCCCUUUUUCAGGGGAAACAACUGAUGAUCAAAGACUCUUCAACUACAAGCUUUCAUACACACGUAAUGUUGUAGAGCGUGCUUUUGCAAAAUUAAGGAGCACAUGGCAACUUCUACAAACCAAAAUUAAGAAACCAAAUAUGGAGAUGUUGCCCCGGACCAUCCUUGCUUGUUGCAUACUACAGAAUAUGCUUUUGUCUAUGGAAGCCUAUGAGAAUGAAAUUGUGGAUGAGAUUAUUGAUGAAUCAGACACUUCUCUUCAAGGAAUGGAAAUGGUAGAUGUUGAUCCAGCUGCAGCCACAGCACAAAUAGCUCUUAUGGAUUAUGUAAAUAAUAUACAUAAUGCACUGGAAGACUAAUGGCCCUUACAUCAGACUUCUAGGUAGUUGCUGUGAAUUGCAGUUGUUUCUGAAAUUGAUAUAUGUUGAUUACCAAAUGACAAGUGGGAGGAUAUGAACCUCAUUUACGGAUGAGUGAACUUGGAAAGAUGUCGCCCUCUUUUGUCUUUUCUUUUUUUGCUCCAUUAAGAUUAUGUUUGCUUUUCCAUGUUGUUGUUCAUUUGAAUGGACUGUAAUUUUGUUUAUAUUGAGUUAUUUUUUCAGUAUUGAAGCC